ACGUUGUUGCCUUUCACACCCUCUAUUAUACUAUUCAGCUGUUCACACUUCACAUCAUCCUUCUAAAUAUAACUGUAAGCUCUUCUGUGUAUAUAUAUAUAUAUUUCCAUUCUUGCUUAUGACCUGCCUUGGUUGAAGAACACCCAGUUUUGAUUAUCACUACAAAGUUAAGGUCUUCGUUUUCUGACAGAAUCCUGAAGAAUACCCAGCAAGUAAACAUGACUAAUGUUUAUGAAGGAGAAUCACCUUCAAGGCUUGAGGGAAAACUGAGUGCCAUGAUUGUUUGUUGGAUUCUGGGAUUUGGAUCUCUAAUCUCUUGGAAUAGUAUGCUCACAAUUGGAGAUUAUUAUUAUAAUUUGUUUCCUGACUACCAUCCUUCAAGGGUGCUUACUCUGGUUUAUCAACCCUUUGCCUUUGGAACAAUGUCAAUAUUGGCAUACAACGAAUCAAAGAUUAAUACUAGGCGGAGGAACAUAUUUGGAUACUCACUUUUCGUUGCAAGUACUUUCAUGCUCUUAGUGUUAGAUUUAGCUACAUCAGGGAGAGGAGGACUUGGAUCUUUCAUUGGUAUAUGUGUUAUUGUUGCUUUUUUUGGAGUUGCAGACGCCUGUGUUCAAGGUGGAAUUGUUGGCGAUUUGUCUUUCAUGCUCCCUGACUUUAUCCAGUCCUUCUUUGCUGGUUUGGCUGCAUCUGGUGCCUUGACCUCUGCUUUAAGGCUUAUCACAAAAGCAACCUUUGAAAAGUCUAACAAUGGUCUUCGUAAAGGGGCAAUGUUGUUUCUAGCUAUUUCUACAUUAUUUGAGUUCCUAUGUGUCCUAUUGUAUACAUAUUUCUUCCCCAAAUUGCCAAUAGUGAAGUACUUCCGCUCUAAGGCAGCUUUAGAAGGAUCAAAAACUGUUCAAGCUGAUCUUGCGGCUGCUGGUAUCCAAACAAAAGAAGACCAUAAUGAACAGAAUGAGAGGCUAAGCAACAAACAAUUAUUCAUUCAAAACAUAGAUUAUGCGCUUGACCUGUUUCUAAUAUACGUCUUAACACUAUCGAUUUUCCCUGGAUUCUUAUACGAAAACACUGGUGAACAUAAGUUGGGUACAUGGUAUUCACUUGUGUUGAUAGCAUCUUACAAUGUGUGGGAUUUGAUAUCAAGAUAUCUUCCCCUUGUGAAAUUCUUGAAGAUAGAGUCAAGGAAAGGCCUUACGAUUGCAAUACUUUCUCGUUUCUUACUGAUCCCUGCCUUUUACUUCACUGCCAAGUAUGGUGAUCAAGGAUGGAUGAUAUUGCUCGUAUCAUUCCUGGGAUUAACAAAUGGUCACCUUACGGUCUGUGUGAUGACUGCAGCACCUAAAGGUUAUAAGGGGCCAGAACAAAAUGCCUUGGGUAAUAUACUAGUGCUAUGUCUAUUACUUGGGAUAUUUGCAGGGGUUUCUUUGGAUUGGUUGUGGCUCAUUGGUAAAAAGAAUGCCUUUUAAAAGAUUCAAGGCUUAUGUUGUUAAAUGAUGUAGAAAUUUGAUUUUUCGCAAAUGCUGAAAUAUUAGAUUUUAUCUUUUAA